CUAAUUUUUUGAGGGAGAUGGACAAUUUCAAUCAGGUUAUCGACCAAAUUGGUUUCGGUAGUAUGCAUCUGUACGCCACCAUUACGCUGGGCCUGCUACAGAUGCUGACCAUCCACGAAACCAUGGGCAUGGGCAUCAUUGGCCCCGCCUCUGUGUGCGAUUUGCGGAUAAACCAGGUGCAACUGGCCUCGUUAACUGCGGCUGGGUUUUUGGGCAUUAUCAGCUCCUCGUACUUCUGGGGCUAUAUCACCGACAAGAAGGGUCGGCGCUGGACGCUGCUGCGCACCAUCACAGUGAGCAAUGUCUGCUCAAUUGUGUCCAUGUUUAUGGUCAACUUUAGUGGCUUUUUUGUGAUGCGCUUUAUAACGGGUAUUUUUGUGGCUGCUCCCAGCUUCGUGGCCGCAACCUAUCUUAGUGAGUUCUGUAGUCAACGGAUCUUGGCCCGUACCCUCACCCAUAUGUAUAUGUUCACCGGCUUCGCCAUGCUCUACUGCCCCGCCUGGGCCGCUCUCUUUCUAAGCACAAAGUUUAUGGAGUUCGAGGUGGAGGUUGCUGGGAGCCUGAGCCUGCGACCGUGGCGCAUUCUGGGUUGCUUAAACAUUCUGCCGGGCGUGAUCGCCUUCUUCCUGCUGCUGUCUUUGCCAGAAAGCCCCAAAUUCCUCUUCAAUAUCGGUGACACCGAUAAGGGCCUGGCCGCAAUGGAACGGAUUUGUCACAAGAACACUGGCAAACCCCUUAGUGCCGAGCAGAUUCAAAGUUUGCGCAUUUACCAGAGUGUGGCGUCUGCCCGGUUUAAGCGGAAAAAGAGCGAAUACAACUUCCUGCGCUCGAUGAUCGAUGACGCCAUGCCCCUGUUCCGGAAGCCGUUCCUGGGCUUAUUCAUGGCCGCCUGCUUGGUAAUGUUCAUCUUGGGUAUGAUGGCAAAUGGCCUGGGGCUUUGGUACACGGCCAUGCGGAAUCGCUACAACAUGCGCCAAGGCAACAUAAAGGGUAUGUCAUUUUGCCGGGUCCUCUUCUUUCCCGAAAUGCGACCCUUGAUGGAGACUGAAAAAGACUUUGAACCGGUGUGCAACGAUGCUUUCAAGGGCUUCAACGACUCGUUUAUCCUGGGAGUCGUUUACAUUAUCCUGUACAACAUUUGCUGGCUAUCGCUCUUCUGCGUGCCCAGGAAGGUCAUGUUCGUCGUCUCCAUGUUGAUCUCCUCGCUUUGUGGGUUCCUGCUGAUCUUCGUCAAGGACCGGUGGGUGCAGCUCUUCUCGCUGGUAUUCUUUCUGGCCAUUCCUGGUGCGGUGGUGAGUCUGCUGGGUGGCGCCCUCUGUUUGUUUGUGCCCACCCACUUACGCGGCAAGGCUCUGUGCAUCAGCCUGAUGUGGUGCCGCUGUGGGGCAGCCUUGGGCAGCAUCUUGACUGGUUCCGGCUUCCAUAACAAUUGUGAAAUAUCUCUGAUUGCGAUCGCCGUUUUACCUCUAAUUGCAGUUGGCACGGAGGGGUACUUGCCCAUGUGAAAUAGGGUUUCUUAUGUUUUUACAACAUAUGUGUAUCUUCAUCGAAAAUCAUUCGUAUUUAUAUUUUGUGUACUUAGCUGGAGUAAGGGUAGUUUUGGUGGCAAAAUUGUUAAAAUUUCAGUACCUCCUUUCGUCGCAUCGCCGAAAACUAGGCAGCGAAUUUUAAAAUUGAUUCUGUAAAAUCAACGUUAAUGUUUAUGUAAAGUAAAAUAAUAGAAUGGUCAACUAACAAUUGAUUAAAGCCCAUGUAUAUAAAUUUAUAAUAUAUAUGUA